AAACAUCAAUACGGUGAGUACAGCUGCAGUAAUUUGACAUAUACGGCGACCUUUGGCGUGGAAAUGUGCUUUUAUUGGAAAUAUAGGAAAUCAUGGCACGACAACUUCAAGCACGCAGAACUGCCCAUCCCAGUAAAACCGCUUGGCUGGAGUUCACACAACUGGCAACCGACUACAACCCAGUGAAUCUUGGACAGGGCUUUCCGGACUUCUCCCCUCCCAAAUUUAUCCAAGAGGCUUUGUGCAAAGCCGUGAACGGAGGACACCAGAUGCAUCAGUAUACCCGAGCGUUUGGCCACGCUCCUCUCGUACACAUUCUGGCUAAAUUCUUCGGGAGGAUCAUGGGACGUGAGAUCGAUCCUUUAGAAGAAGUGCUGGUCACCGCGGGAGCUUAUCAGGCUCUCUUCUGUGCUAUCCAAGCUCUGAUUGAUGAAGGGGAUGAGGUCAUACUUGUCGAACCGUUCUUUGAUUGCUACCGGCCGAUGGUGAAGAUGGCCGGAGGAAAGCCAGUUUAUGUUUGUCUGAGGCCGGUGGAGGGGAGUGGCGUCCUAUCCAGUGGAGACUGGGUACUUUGUGCAGAGGAGCUGGCCAGUAAAUUCACUCCAUGCACAAAAGCCAUCAUCAUCAACAGCCCCAACAACCCACUGGGCAAAGUUUUUAAGACGGAGGAGCUCCAGAUGAUCGCUGAUCUGUGCAUCAAACACGACGUCCUGUGCAUCAGCGACGAGGUGUACGAGUGGCUGACCUAUGAUGGGAACAAGCAUGUGAAGAUAGCCAGCCUUCCUGGCAUGUGGGAGCGGACCGUCACCAUCAGCAGUGCAGGAAAGACCUUCAGUGCCACCGGCUGGAAGCUCGGAUGGGCCAUCACCUCUGCUCACAACAUGAAAUACCUGAAAAUCAUCCACCAGGGCUCUGUGUACCAAUGUCCUACAGUUACUCAGGAGGCCGUGGCUCGUGGGCUUGAGAGAGAGUACGAGCUGUUUGGCACUCCGGAGAGCUACUUCCAGCAGCUGCCUGCGAUGCUGCACCGGAAGAGGCAGAAACUGGCCUCGUGCCUGGGGAGCGUGGGGCUGCAGCCCGUCAUGCCGGAGGGAGGCUACUUUAUGAUCGCAGACAUCUCGUCUGUCAAGGUGGACUUGAGUGACCAGGGCAACGAGGAUGAACCCAAGGACUUCACAUUUGUGAGAUGGCUCACGAAAGAGAAGGGUUUAGCAACCAUCCCCGUCUCCACGUUCUUCAGCCCCGAGCACAGCCGGGAGUUUAGCAAAUACAUUCGCUUCUGUUUCGUCAAGGAGGACUCCACCCUGAAGGCAGCAGAGGACAUCUUAAGGAAGUGGAGUCAGACGCAGUAAAACGUGAAGCAUUACCCAUUUAUUUGUAACCGUCUUAGGGUGCCUCUUGCUUAAAGACAGUGUUCUCCAAAUAUUAAUACGCUUUUUGUAACUACUCAGGCUUUUAGAAGAAAAUUCGUUGUAAAUGUUCCUGUGAGAAUAUUUGAUGCGAAACACUCAAGUAAAUAAAUAAAGUUUUUAAGGAAUUUUAAACAGAAAUGUUGAUAUUCCGUCAAUAAGAGUCGUAUUUCUAGCAUAUUUUGAGGCAUUUGCAGCAACUGUGUUCAUGUGUUAAUGUGUUAAUAACUAUAAAUAAACAGUGUUACACUACAUGGACCGAUGUGAACGGUGAA